UUUGUGGAGGACUACGAGCCCACGAAAGCCGAUUCGUACCGAAAAAAGGUGAUCCUCGACGCCGAAGAGGUUCAGAUCGAUAUCCUGGACACCGCCGGACAGGAAGACUAUGCGGCCAUUCGUGACAACUAUUUCCGUUCGGGCGAAGGAUUUCUAUGCGUUUACUCGAUCACAGAACACGAGUCAUUCACUGCUGUCAAUGAAUUCAGGGAGCAAAUACUGCGAGUGAAGGGCGACGACAACAUCCCUUUUGUUUUGGUCGGAAAUAAAGCAGAUUUAGACGAAAGACGUCGCGUCAGUCUCGAUGAAGCGCACCGACUGUCAGACCUCUGGAAAGUGCCAUACAUUGAGACCUCGGCCAAGACCCGCCUCAAUGUGGACCGGGUUUUCUUUGACUUAAUGCGAGAAAUACGUAAACGAAAGCUGACGGACGCCGAGACGAGUAAUGGCCCCAAAAAGGCCGGCCGU